AUGACUAGGACAGCUUUCCUGGAUCUGAGUAGUACUCGGAAUCCUGAUGUGCAAAGGGAUGAUUCUGUCCCAGAGGAUAAUAUUUGGAGGGGUAUCCUCUCGGUGAUUUUCUUCUUCCUAAUCAUCAGUGUUCUAGCUUUUCCUAACGGACCCUUUACACGUCCCCAUCCUGCAAUAUGGAGGAUGGUUUUUGGUCUCAGUGUGCUCUAUUUUCUCUUCCUGGUGUUCGUGCUCUUCCUUAACUUUGAGCAGGUGAAAGCAGUGAUGUAUUGGCUGGAUCCUAAUCUUCGAUACGCCACAAGGGAAGCAGAUAUUAUGGAGUAUGCUGUGAACUGUCAUGUUAUCACCUGGGAGAGAAUCCUCAGCCACUUUGAUAUAUUUGCUUUUGGGCAUUUCUGGGGCUGGGCUAUGAAGGCUUUGCUGAUCCGCAGCUACGGGCUCUGCUGGACUAUUAGCAUCACUUGGGAGCUCACCGAGCUCUUCUUCAUGCAUCUUCUGCCUAAUUUUGCUGAAUGCUGGUGGGAUCAAGUCAUUUUGGACAUCCUGCUUUGUAACGGGGGUGGCAUCUGGUUGGGCAUGGUAGUUUGUCGUUUCUUGGAGAUGAGGACCUAUCACUGGGCAAGCUUCAAGGACAUUCACACGACCACAGGGAAAAUCAAAAGAGCUGUAUUACAGUUCACCCCAGCCAGCUGGACCUAUGUCCGCUGGUUUGACCCUAAGUCUUCAUUUCAAAGAGUGGCUGGAAUCUACCUUUUCAUGAUCAUUUGGCAGCUGACUGAGUUGAACACAUUCUUUUUGAAGCAUAUCUUUGUGUUCCAAGCAAGCCACCCUUUAAGCUGGGGGAGAAUUCUCUUCAUAGGAAUCAUUACAGCACCCACUGUAAGGCAAUACUAUGCCUACCUCACAGACACGCAGUGCAAGAGGGUGGGAACUCAGUGCUGGGUGUUCGGGGUCAUUGCUUUCCUUGAAGCUAUUGUGUGCAUAAAGUUUGGACAGGAUCUUUUUUCCAAAACACAAAUACUGUAUGUUGUGUUUUGGCUUCUCUGUGUGGCCUUUACAACUUUCCUGUGUUUAUAUGGUAUGGUUUGGUACGCAGAAUACUACGGCCUCCGUGAAAAGACCUUAUCAGAAAGUGAAGACAGCCCAUACAGUCCAGAUGCUUCCUGGCUUCAUUCUAAAUUCAGCAGAGGUGCUGACAAUAGUCCACCAAAACAUUCAGUCAAUAGUGAAAGCCAUUCAUCUAGAAGGAGGAAUCGGCACUCCAAAUCAAAAGUAACCAAUGGGAUCGGCAAGAAAUAAGAAUGGUCUCUGAAAACAUCCUACAGUGUGACCAGAGGUGACAAAGAAAAUCAGCCUUGGCUCUGAAUUUCCAAAUGGAAGAUUGGGUUUUCAAUUUAAAAGUUAAAAAAGGAGGUGUUGAAGAAAAGGAUGAUCAAGGUGGAGCGUGGUGCAAAUCAUUGCCUGCUGGCACUUGCCCUUCACUGAUUUAAAUCUAGUUUCUUCAGCAUGUGGCACCAAAAGCUAAUGAAGAGUAUGUUGGAAAGAAAAAUAAUUUUGUCAUAGCAGGUACACCCUGUUUUGUGU